GGGAGGAGAAGAGAGGAGAGUGGGAGGAGGUGCGGGUGGGAGUCCCGCAGAAGGAGCGUUUCAAUCCCAACAUGAAUUCCACCCGCAAUCUCUGACCGACAACACACGAGCGAUGCAAGCGGAUACUUUCUGAAGUCUUUUCCAUCAGCGUCUGCUUGUUUUCCACGGAUGCCCUUAACGUCUUCCUUGUGACUUCAACAUCGCCGCGGAACGGGAUGAGGCGGUAAAUGUCGCGUUUCGCAUCUUUUCGCUCCGGUUGAAGCCGCAGGAGUAUGUGAUCAUGUUGGCGACGCGCUGCCUCCUCCUGUGGGCUGCGGUCACCGCGCGACUCGCCUUGACAGGCUGGGGCAGCAGCAUCAAGCGGGACGGAGCUGAACGGGGACGCGAACAGAACGCGUAUGCGGAGGAGCUCACGCAGCCUCAGCGGCUGCUGCAGCGGACUGACGCGGAGGAGGAGCUGCCGCACGGACACUUGGGUACUCUAGUAAAGACUGAUGCUGAUGGAGCGCAUCCCAUUCAUUUGGCUCAGAUCUCAUUCCAGGUGACGGCGUUUGGAAUCCCAUUCGUUCUAGACCUGGAGCUCAAUCAUGAUCUUUUGUCGUCUAACUAUGUUGAACGCCACUUCGAUGAGGAUGGGCGACCUUUUCAAAGUCUGGGAGGAGAGCACUGUUACUAUCACGGUCACGUGAGAGGAGUUCAGAGGUCAUGGGCAGCUCUCUCCACCUGUCAUGGCCUACGAGGGAUGUUCUCAGAUGGCAACUUUUCAUACGGCAUUGAGCCCUUGCACAACAGCACCGAUCAGGAUGCAAAUACUCAUGUUGUAUACAGAAUGGCAGACUUCCGGUUGAGGCCACAUUCCUCAGGAAGCACCAGGAACAGCAGUGACUCUGACAUUAACACUGACUAUCCCGUUUCUAUGGAAACGAAUGAGCCAGAGCUCACAGAUGGGCUGAGACGGGCAAAAAGACAGGUUCGGAGGGGUCCACGCACAGUUCAGAGUGAAACAAAGUAUGUAGAGUUACUAGUGGUCAAUGAUUAUGAACUGUUUGUACAGAUGCGAAGAUCAGCCCCUCAGACGAGGAACUUUGCCAAAGCUGUAGUGAACAUGGCUGAUGCUAUUUACAAGGAGCAGCUGAACACUAGAAUAGUGCUUGUCGCCAUGGAGACAUGGUCAACUCAGAACAUGGUUUCUGUUGGCGAUGACCCUUUGGUGACCCUGCGUGACUUUAUGAAAUACAGGAAGGAGAAUAUCAAAGAGAAGAGUGAUGCAGCUCACCUGCUCUCGGGGCGCACAUUUCAGAGCAGAAGCAGUGGCACUGCCUACAUUGAGGGGAUCUGCUCACCAACACGAGGAGGAGGAGUCAAUGAGUAUGGAAACGUGGGGCCCAUGGCUAUAACCUUGUGUCAGAGUUUAGGACAGAACCUUGGUAUGAUGUGGAAUAAAGAUCGUGCUACUGCAGGAGACUGUAAGUGUCCAGAUCCGUGGUUAGGCUGCAUCAUGGAGGAUACCGGAUACUAUCUACCCAGAAAGUUUUCACGGUGCAGUAUAGAGGAGUACAUUCAAUUCCUCCAGCAAGGAGGAGGGAGUUGCCUCUUCAAUAAACCUAACAAGUUGUUGGAUCCUCCUGAAUGUGGCAAUGGCUUUGUGGAACAGGGAGAAGAAUGUGACUGUGGCUCCCAAGUGGAUUGCUCUCGUGCUGGGGGUGCAUGCUGUAAAAAAUGCACUUUGACCCAUGAUGCAAUGUGUAGCAAUGGACUCUGUUGUAGCCGUUGCAAGUAUGAGCAGAGAGGAGUGAUCUGCAGGGAUGCAGUGAAUGACUGUGAUGUGCCGGAAACAUGCACUGGCGAUUCGAGUAAAUGUCCACAUAAUGUCCACAAACUGGAUGGUUACAUGUGCAAUGCUGGACUGGGGCGCUGCUAUGGGGGUCGCUGUAAGACCAGGGAUGCCCAGUGCCAGGCGCUCUGGAGCCACAAUGCAGCAGAUCGCAUGUGUUAUGAGAAGCUGAACAUUGAAGGUACGGAGCGUGGCAACUGCGGUCAGGACAGCAGCUCACACAGCUGGAUUCAGUGCAAUAAACAGGAUGUGUUGUGCGGAUUUUUAUUAUGCACUAAUAUCACAUCAAAACCACGGUAUGGAGACUUAAAUGGAGAAAUCACAAGUCUUACUAUCUACCAUCAGAACAAGUACCUGGAUUGUCGUGGGGGUCAUGCAGUGUUAGAAGAUGGCACUGAUCUCGGGUAUGUGGAGGAUGGCACACCAUGUGGUCCGAAUAUGAUGUGCCUGGACCAUCGCUGUCUGCCGGUCACCACCUUCAACCUGUCAUCCUGUCCCGGGUCGUCCUCUUCUCAUGUGUGCUCUGAUCAUGGGACGUGCAGUAAUGAGGUGAAGUGUAUCUGCGACGCAGACUACACUGGGAAGGACUGCAGUGUAUAUGACCCUAUUCCAGACCCCCAGCCUCCAGACGGUCCUGAGAAGUACAAAGGUCCGAGUGGUACAAAUAUCAUCAUUGGCUCAAUAGCGGGAGCGAUACUGCUGGCAGCUAUAGUAUUGGGAGGAACAGGCUGGGGCUUCAAAAAUAUCAGAAGAGGAAGAUCUGGAGGGGGAUAAAGCAUGUCAUCUGCUCUCCUGUGCUUCUGCACUGUGUUCUUUAAACUUUGAGGGAAACAGAAGAAACUACAGAUGUCUUCCACUCUCUCACCAAACUCCAGUGUCACUGCUGUCCUGUCUUUCCGACUUCCUGUUACUGCCUGUCACCUGUUGCCUAGAAACACUCCAGUACAUCCCAUGGUAAUACUUUUAAACCGAUUUCGAUUUUACUGAUGUUGGCUAUUUGUAAUGGGUUUUGGCCCUAUAAACCCAGCACAGAAACUGAAAAAAGUCAUAAUUUACUCACCCUCGUGCCGUUUCGAACCUGUAUGACUUUCCGUUUCAUGGAGCACAAGAAGAGAUGUUCAGAAGUUCACAUUCUUGAAUUACGAAAAAGGGACCAAAAAAGCAUUAUGAAGAUAGUCAAUCCAGCUCGUGCGCUAUAUGCAGAUACCCGUCUGCAUAUUCAAAUAUGGCGCUUGACACACUUCACUUCAGGUAGAUAAAUAUAGUCAGAAUUUUCAGUUCCUUUUUAUUUCUAAUUUCAGUUUACUCAUUGUGGUUCUAAUCAUAGAGCUACCACAUUAAUUGAAACAGUCACUAUGCGUGACCAUUUAAAACAAUUUUUUGAUGCUAUAGUAUAAUAAUUUUAGUACUGAGAAGCCUAGACUUUUCAAGUACUCUCCGUUCCAUGCAGUCCCCAAACAGUUCCCCAACAGUUUAGAGGAAAAAUGUACGGAUGUCCCAGUGGAAAUCCCAAAACAAUGUAUUAUCUUGCAAUGGAAUGUCGGCUAGCAUUCCAUGUUUACCCUCGUGCUAGUCUGAUAUCUAUAAUCUUGCUGCUUUUACCAUCAUCUAUAAUAGUUAAAAAAAACAUGCAUAACCAUAUGAAUGUACUUUUACAUAACAAAAAAAAAGACAUUGCUUGUAUGUGUUUAAUGUAGUUAUACUUUUCAUAAGCACAUUGCUGAGUGAGGCAAGGUGAUUUGAGUAAAAUAUGUAUUAUAUAUCAUUUGUAAAUCUUAAGCAUAAGUGGAACACCGUUUGAGUGCACUGAGCUGAGGAUAAAUAUAUAUGUAUAUAAUGUAUAUGACAGCACUAUUUUGCCCUUUGACUGUAGAAAUAAAUAACACAGUCAGAUAUAAGCACAAAUACAUUUUUGGGGUUAAGAAUUAAAACAAAGUUGUACUGACACUAAUAUACAGUCGAAAUGGGUAAAACAAACCACAGAAAAUGUGCUGAAUUCUACAUAAAUAAUAAUUUUGGUGAUUAUUAAAAAGGAGCAGUGCGCUGCCUUUUUAUAUAUAUAUAUAUGUUGCUAGGCAACCACCAAAUCAGUUGUCCUGUCAGUCUAAUCAAAGGAUUGCGCGAGCGCUCUAAAAUCUUUGUUGUUGUUUUUUGCUGUUAAAGUAAACUGCCAUAUUAACAAAAACCUUAAAAAAAAAAUACAGCUCCGGGUAAAACCCGCGACAGACACCACAAGUUUCUUAUCCAUUAUUGCAGUCUCCCGACUUUCUAAGCAACAGUAAACUUUAAUCACCACAACGGAAAUCCCGCCUCUCCUUUCAUUCGAUUGGACAAUGGAAAAAAACGCGAGGCGCCCGGUGUGCAUAAGCAGCGCGCAAAUAUGGAAGGCCAAAAGCACGUGAAUUUUAUACGUGUUGUUAACGCGUUAAAUACGUGUGAAAUACGCGUUAAAAUUCACGUGUUUUAGGCCCUUUUGGCCUUUCAUACGCAAAACAAUUAAAAAAAGGCGCCUCUCACUGCCAAAAAAAAAAAAAACGCGUUCGGUGUGAUCGGGGCCUAAAGGUGAACUAAUAAGGUGCACUUUUUUUCUUUCAUGAUCUGCUGCCCGAUGUAAAAGUGGGCUUUAUACUGACACGUAUGGAUCAAGGUUUUAUCGUUUAAAAUGGUUUUAUGUAAUUAUUUAAAUAAAAACAACUGCAACAUUUCAAAAUUAGAUUUACAUUCAGAAAUAAGCAAGCAUUUUGAGGGGAGAAUUUUGUAUUUACUGGGUAAUUUCUGGUAUUCUUUGCUUUUGUGUAAUCAUAAGGAGAUGCAAAACAUUUGAAAAAUGAUUUGGUUACACUUUAUUUUUAUGGGCCACACUAGACAUUCUACUAACUAUAAAUGACUUUGCAAAUAGGUCAGCUAACUCUUAGUGUAUUAGUUUAUCAGUAGACUGUCAGGUUAGGGUUAAGGUCGGUAAAAUAUAAAAAUACAAGAAAAAGAAAAUAUUCCAUUCAUUGUUUUAACAAAAUCAAGUGCAUUAAAUAUUACAUUACGUAAAUUUCCCAAACUGGGGUUUGUGCAGGAACAUGUCACUAGUCAUGUAAUCAAUAAAAUAAAGUAAUUCUAGUCUGUCCUCUAGUAACUGUAACUCUAGUCUAGUCUUUUGUCCAUUUAAAAGCGUAUCUGGCACUAAAUGAUUAUAAUGUAUAUUAGAUUAGACUGGGCCAUCUCAACUCUGAUGUACAUUUUCAGAUGUCAGAUGCAAAAAUUCAAACUGAAAUUAUACAUAUGGAAAUUAUAUUAUUGGACUUUUAUAAUGUCCCAUUAACUAACAAAAUCCAGUUCUUGAAUUACAUUAUCCUUAAGGAAUGGUGUGGAAACAGUAGGUCUCAGCACUGGAUUCAAAGAAUUCUGUAAUAUUCUGAUUGAUUCAAUUAGCAAUUUAAUUCAAUAUAUACUGUAUAUAAGCAAAGGUUUUGACACCCUCAUGUAAGCUAACCUGAAGUCUCUAACAUUAGCACUUUUUAAUUCUAAGGCAUAGUGGAGACCUGUUCAUGCCGUUGUAUAAAUAUUCAGACUAUACUAAAUAAGGUUUAAGAGAAUGAGACUAGCCAGAGCAUAUUUGUAGAAGUCUAAUGUACCGUUUUAUAGAAUUACUUCGUUUAAUUACAACUUAAGCAUUUUUAACCUUUUCAACUUUUGCUGUAGAAGAGGAAUGAGCCAGGAACUGAAAUAAAGUGAGUAGUACACAGUGGAUACUUAAUUUAACUGUGAUCUGAUGAGAUUGGGAAAAUCUGAGAUCUAAAAUAUCUACACGAUCAGCAGGAAUGUGUGUGCUUUUCCAUACAAGCACUACACCCGGCCACGUGUUUGCAAAUAUUGUCUCAUCAUAAUUUUAAAAAGUAUCCUUGAAAACUUUAAUUUUAGUAAAAUCAAGUAAAGAUAAAUUAGCAAUAUUUGUUAGUUCAGUUCAAAAUGAUGUUUUCUCGUAUUUUCUUGUGCCUUCAAAACUACCUUAAUACUUCAGUAGAGUUACAUUCACCGAUGAUCAGCCUGUUCCAAAAGUUACUUUAGUGGUAAAUUUGCUCAUGCGUAAGCUUAUGAAUUAUAGUACAGCCAAAAAUCGGAUCUAUUAGCAAAACUUUACGUAGUAAAAUAUAUAUAU